CAGGUCACCCUUUCUUCUCCUGUGUUGUUCAAUUCCUCAGCAAUCAAAUGAAGAUUUAGUUCAGCACUUUUAACUCCAUAAAAAGUGUACCUCCUUCUGUAUGCAAAGAUGAAGGGAAAAGGAAGCUACUAUGUUGUCAAUGUCUGAUUGGUCCAAAGUAAACUGGUGAGAAUGUGAUUCCUAGAUGAUGGGGCAAGAACUGUUAGCAGAUAUCAAAGUCAAGAUUAAACACAAAGAUCAGUUAUCAAUGUCUGAGUCCUUGGUCCAAAGUAAACUGGUGAGAAUCUGGUUCCUAGAUGAUGAGGCAAGAACUGUUAGCACAGAUUGAAGUCGAGAUUAAAGACAAAGAUAAGUUCUCAAUGUCUGAGUCUUUGCUCCGAAGCAAACUGGUGAGAAUGUGAUUCCUAGGUGAUGUGGCAAGAACUUUUACAGAGAUCGAAGUCAAGAUUAAAGACAGAACAGUUGUCAACGUUUGAGUCCUUCGUCCAAAGUAAACUGGUUAGAAUUUGAUUCCUAGAUGAUGAGGCAAGAACUGUUAGCAGAGAUUGAAGUCAAGAUUAAAGACAAAGAGGAACUGGAAGAAGCACACAGAUGUGGUGCCUUCUCCGUGAUUGCCACCACCGCCACCCUCCUAUUUCAGAUACAAACAUCGAAACCUCAAUAUAUAUAUAUAUAUGUACAAACACCCAUAUUGCAUAUUUGAUGGGGGUGGAAUUGAAACUUCGGAUCCCAAGUGCCAUGGUCCACUGCCGUCUGAAGGAUCUUUUGUCUCCAUUCCAUGUUACCACACAACACCAAGAGAAUUUCUUCUUUGACGGUGCAAACAAUGAGCUGUCAUCACAUCAAGCUGUCCUAUUCCUGCGGUUGUAUGAUGAUGAUACCCGUUGCUUCAUAUCACUUAAAGCCAGGGCAGUUCUGGUUGAUGGUGUGUGCUCCGUUGAGGAGGAUGAAGAGGAUCUGGAUCCAGUGCUGGGGCGUGCCUGUGUUGCUGAACCAGAAAAGCUUUUGUCGGUGGAGUGUGGGAUCCUGCGGAGGUUGAAGGAGGAAUUUGGGGUUUUGAAGUUUGUGGGGCUUGGUGGCUAUGCAAAUGUGAGGAAUGUGUAUGAGUGGAAAGGCUUGAAAUUGGAGGUUGAUGAGAUUCGUUAUGAGUUUGGGACUUGUUAUGAGAUCGAGUGUGAAACUACUGAUCCUGAAGGAGUCAAGAAGGUGCUUGAGGAGUUCUUGAAGGAGAAUGGGAUCGAAUAUUCUUACUCGGUGGCCACAAAGUCCACAGUUUUUCGAGCCAAGAAGCUUCCACAGUUAGUGAAUUAGGUGAAUUUGAUAUAAUUGUGUGACAAGAUGUUUAUUUGAUAAUUAAAAGCUUUUAGAAGUGAUUCUGGCAACUUGUGCCUGAGUAAGGUUUUAAUCAUAUUGAAUGCAUUUAUAAGAAUAUGAAUUUGAAUUUGGAA